UCUACACAACACUGAAUAAAGUCCCGGCUGUGUGGAGGAAAGAGCAUAUUGACGACGGGCAGGCCAUGGAGAGCCUAGUGCAUUACAGCAACCCCUCCCAUGCCCUCUCAGUGUUAGGGGUUCUGAACGAGCAGCGGCUGCGGGGUCAGCUGUGUGACGUGGUUCUGGUCGUGGCGGAGCAGAGGUACCAGGCUCACAAGAGUGUUCUGGCUGCCACCAGUGAGUAUUUCCAGUCCCUGUUCACACGGAUGGACGCAGAGUCACUGAAAGUUGUAAACCUGGACUUCUGUGAGCCCGACGCCUUUGAGAUAGUUCUGAAUUACAUUUACUCCUCCUCACUCUUUGUGGACAAAGGCAGUCUGGCAGCCAUUCAAGAACUGGGCUACAGCCUUGGAAUCCCUUUCCUCACAAACAUCGUGUCAGCGAGGCCACAUGCAUCCUACUGUGUGUCUAGAAAAAGACUUUCCUUCUCAGAAGGGGAUGAGAAUGACGUGCAGACAAGGAGCGUCAUUGUGCGUCGAGUUCGGAAUGAAACAACCCAUCCCUCCCGCUCGAAUUAUCAGAGAAAACCCGAGAGGUCAUCGUCUCCCCACUCGACUCGAGAGUCAGCUCAGCCUCCGUCAGAACACAACUCGUAUGAAUCAGGCAGAAACUCUGAAUCCAUCAGCAGGAAAUCCUCUGAACAGAGUGAAGCUGCUGAAAGGAAGUUCAGCUACCCGUACACCUCCAUACUAAAAGGGAAUCCAUCACACAUGGCAUCUAUUAGGCCCCAGCUAACAUCAUCAGUGUCUUUCAGUGAUGCAGAAGUGCAGCACACCAGGCUGCAGUCUGGCACCGACCAGGACGCUAAAGAGGAGAACGAGGAGCUGGAGCCCCACUAUCACACCAAAGUGCCCUUUCAGGGUCAGGCUUCUGAGCCGAGCCAGACCAUUGACAGGAGCGGGCCGCUCAUUAAAAGCCUUCUCCGUAGAUCAUUAUCCAUGGACAGCCCUGUUCCGGUCUUCUCGCCCACACUGGAACUCAAAGAGCUGCACAAUCGUGAACAGUCAGUUGUUAAAAUGGCAUCAAAAGCAUCGGGGCCAGAAACGUCCGCUCACAACGGCAAUUCAAAAAGAACAUCUCCCCUGGUUCUCAGGUCAAAGUAUCCCAGCAGGUAUGAUGAAAAAACUCAGGUAGAAAGAGAAGUCAGCGUGAAAGCUGAGCCCAGCAGUCCGCUCGCUGACCCUAUGGACAUUAUUCGAAUCACAGUUGGAGACGCAUUGCCAGUCAAUCUUAAAGAUUUGCAAACAAAUUAUGACCAAGCUUCAAGACCUGACUUCAGUUCUUUUGGGAAAAGAAAGGACAGGCCAGACAACAGAAGGUACCCAUUCAAAAAGAGCAAAAUAUUUAAAGAGCAUACCCUCUCGCUGCACGAGAACACGUCAGAAACAGUACCUCAGAGCGCCAGCAGCGACUCUAAUGAAAACAGCGAGGAGCCACCUCAGAACAAGAUUUUCAAAUGCUGGAAUUGUUUAAAGGUUUUCAGGUCCAGCGCCGGACUACAUCGUCACGUUAAUAUGUAUCACAACCCUGAAAAGCCGUAUGCUUGCGACAUCUGCCACAAGCGCUUCCAUACCAACUUCAAAGUGUGGACUCACUGCCAAACGCAGCAUGGUGUAGUACAAAACCCAGCCUCGUCCUCCAGCUCCUCCGUGCUGGACGAGAAAUUCCAAAAGAAGUUAAUAGAUAUUGUGCGAGAGAGGGAAAUAAAGAAAGCCUUGCUGUGGAAGUUAAAGAGGAAUAAGCAGGGUUUGCAAUCUCCUGCACUUGCCAAAAAGAGAUCAAGACCCAGCUUCAUAUGCCCGUACUGUGGGAAAGUAUUUGUGUUCCAGUCUCAGUACAGGCAGCAUUUAAGGACACAUCCUGCUGAAAAAGCUGAGCAGGACACAACGAACGAGAGCAUCCUCUACCAGGAACAGGAUGAGGACAUCCAACAGAAGAACACAGACGACAGUGUUUACUCCUGUCGACUUUGUAACAUGAAGCUGUCUUCACUUUUUGAGCAGGGAGACCACGAGAGGGGCUGUCGACAUGCAACCGUAUGUCCCUACUGUGGCCUCCGAUUCUCCAGUCCAACGGUCAAGAAGGACCACGAGGCACAUUGUAAGUACAAGAAGUUGACUUGCCUGGAGUGCAUGCGGACCUUCAAGUCCUCCUUCAGCAUAUGGCGCCACCAGGUGGAGGUCCACAACCACAACAUGAUGACCGUUAAAGAGCAGAUUCACCUGAAGCAACAAGAGAAUAACGACGAGGAGUCUGAAAUGCUCAGAGAGGAGCAUUACAGCGACGAGCCUCUAGCACAUGGGAGCUCAAGAGAGAUCAUCACCUACAGCGACUCCUCAGGUCCGCCCAUGUACGAUUCAGAAGACGACUCCUCCUAUGUGCCUGAGGACCUGAGCAUGGGCCUUCACGGCAAGCUGGUGGUAAAAGAGGAGCCGUUAGAGGAGGCUGUGAGUGAGAUGGAGAACGCAGAGACUGCCAAAUCUGGGCCCGAGGAAGCCGGUGUGUGGCCGUGCGAGAAAUGCGGAAGUCUUUUCAGCUCUCGCAAAGACCUGGAGCGACACCAGGAGCUGCUAUGCCACAUCAAACCGUUCAUCUGUCACAUCUGCAACAAAGCCUUCAGGACCAAUUUCCGCCUUUGGAGCCACUUCCAGUCCCACAUGUCGACUCCUCACGAACCCGGAGCCAAAGAGAUCGAGAGAGACCCCUCACCUCUGUCUCCCUCCCCUCCCACCACCCCCCAAAGCUCUGAACGCCCCUCCCCACAGGCCUCCGUGCUCAAAUCUCCCCAGACGGCGCCCGUCGCCGCAGUGAUGGCCGAGGAGUCCAGCAGCCCCGAGCCCUGCAGCUCGCUGGUAACCAAGACCAAGAGGCCUGAACUAGAACGGCAAUCCAGCAGCCACAGCCCUCUGUCUAGGUCAAACAGCAUGGAGAACACAGGUGGCCCUCAGGAAUCAGACACACUCUUUUACCAUGCACCGUCUCUCUCUGCGCUGACGUUUAAGAGGCAGUACAUGUGUAAACUCUGUCACAGGACCUUCAAGACUGCCUUUAGUCUCUGGAGCCACGAGCAGAGUCACAGCCACGUGUAAGCAUCAGACAAGUUACAGUAGUGCAUUUCUGUUGAGAGACGAUACUUAUUAUUAGAAUAUACACACCUCAGCCUACAAAAAGGAAGACUUUGAAUGUAUAGCUUAUUAUCUUGCCUCCAAUGUCAUAUAUAUUAAAGUGGCCAUGUUCAUUAGAGGUGUAAACGUGAAUGUGCAAUCAAGUGCUAGAUUUCUCUUUGAGACGAGAUGGUUUAUUUUCCUUUCAAAAUGAGCUAUAAGCAUUUAUCUAUUUUAAACCUCUUUUUAGUUGUCUACUUGUAUUUAUCUAUCUAGGUGUUUUGAGAAAACAAGGUACAGAGUUGCACAUCGUUAUUUCAAGCCUACCACUUUUGAUUUAAAAGGUGCAGUUUGUAAUCACUGGGCGUUUGCUCCAAAAAAAUAGGGAACAAUAAUUUACCUUGUGAAAGUAAUGCACGAUUAACUAAAUGCAGCUGUAACACUGGCCAUGAUUGUUUACUGUUUGGCACACAAAAAAUAUAUAAGAAAUGUCCUUAAAAAUGUCAAAUUGAUAUUCUGCGUUAAAGAGACUUUUGCCAUGCAUGGAAACCCAGAGAGUCCAUUGUUUGCUCAGCAGAGAACACAGAGACCAACAGCCCUGCAGAGAGGAGGUACAUGUGGAUACGAUGCAGAGUUCAGUGUAGGGUCUGCACAAUAGACAAUGCAGCCUUCUAGCUCCAUGGCUAAGCUAAAUCAGGAUUUUUUUUUUUGUAACCUGAUCUGAUAUCACUAUAACACAGCUAUCCGUGCUGUGAUUGGUAAUCCACAGUCUUGUGUCGCCCAGCUUGUUGACGAGAGACCCCGAUUGUUGACAAUAAAUUAGCUGCAGAGCUAGUUUGUGAACUGCUCUUAGCCUAGCACGCCUGCCUCGCUCCUGCUUCUUCUCACAUCACCAUGUGUGCCUCCUCUCUGCUGAGCUUUUGUCUUAAGACCGAAACACUUCACCAUUGCAACAGUCUCUUGAACACAAAAUCUUGCUUCUUGUGUUAAUGUAAAGUCAAAAUUUUAGUUGUAAACUAAAGCUGCCGACUGCUGUAAAGCUAACGGUGUAGCUGAAUCUUCUUCUUCGUCCUCUCUUAGGUAACCUAGAAUCUGGCCAUAUCUUACAAACUGCACCUUUUUUAAAGGUACAGUAACAACUAUAUACAUUGUUUUCUCAGAGUGUGGAAAAAGUGCUUCACAUUUUCGGAGGCUGCAGUUGAAUUAAAGAGUCGUGCUUUUUGCUUUUGUAUCAAAUUUAUCUCUUGGUGUGAGUGACAUCCCUUAAGAUAAUAUUGGUGGCCUCAAAAAUGUUUUCAAUAUGCACUUUGUUUAACAGUUCGAUUCUGUUAGAGAGGGACAAAAUGUUUGCAUGAAAGGCUGCAGAAGUAGAAAUGAUAAAAAGGCCCAGCAGUUUCUGGGGUUUUUUUUUUCAGACUUACUUUGCAUGAGUUCUCUCAUAAUUGAGUUUCUCAUUGUCUUCGGGUAAUUUUUUUGUAAUGAGCUGAUUGAAUAAGACCUUCAGUAUAAUGAAAAGUUGUUUCACAAACUGCACAUCAAACACACCUCAGAUAAAACUGUUAUUUUUGUGGAUGAGCAUUUCAGUAUACAGCCUUGAUUAGUUAGUUAAAGGCUUAAUUCAGUACUUUAAUUUAUCUUUCUAACUUCUAGCCUGGUGAAACCUCGUGAUGUGUAUACAAAUGAAUGAGACAGUGCAAUCAUCGGUAAUAAGAUUUGAAAAAUUAUGUUUUUUUUCACAGGUUAAGACAUGUUGCUUAUUUUUAAAACUUCUUUGUAAAAGGUGCUCAGCAGAUCAGCUUACUUAUAAAAAUGGGAUAAUUAUCAUUAAAAAUAAUGGACUGGCUCGAUUUGAUAGCAUCCUAAAUAUGAGAUAAAGUCAAUCAGAAACUAAGAAACAAAGUUCACACUGCAGUAUAGUAAUAUAAAUGAUGGUUAUGAUUGAAAUAAUUAUGAUAAAUAAGACAUUGUCUUACAUUUCUGAAUCAAAUCCACCACCCCAGUGCAACACCAGUGUGGUAUAUAACCAAGCUUUACAAUGCUUUAAUGGCCUUAUGCAAUUUUGAAAAUAUUUUGUCGAUAUUAUUUUACAUGAAAGCACAACAGAGUUUCAGAUGAAUUAUGACUCAGGCUUUUCAAGAGGAGGAAAGCAUGAGAAAGCAAAUCUUUUAUUCUUUGAAUGGUGAGAAAGUGUUCCUGCUUCCUAAAGAUUUAUUAUAAAGAUUGUGUUGAUUGUAUUCCAGUUGUUUCACAAUUGUAUUCUUGUACAAGUAUAUAGUUCUGCUUUGGCUUGAUGGAUUAGACCUUCGUCAUAAGUUAUUAUGAUUGCUACAGUUUGGACGAUGUUGCAUUCAAAGAGUGCUCCACACAGACUAUGGGGAUUUGUUUUCCUCCAAAUGAGCAACGCGAGCUGCAUUGUGAUGUAAAAUUCUUUGGAGAAAUUCUGUAUUGAUAAUAGUGCUCUUAAUUUCCUGUGAUAACAACUUUCUCAAGGUUUCACAGAGAUGAUUAGAAUUGUGUACAUGGAAGUGUUUGUAUCCUCUAUUUUGUACCAAUUUUGUUAGUAAACAAAAGGUUUAUCUUUUUAGUAUUCCUGUGCUCUCACUGCAAUAAUGAAUAUUUGUAUCAGCAUUGGUUGCAUUAUUGUUGCUUUUGGAAACUUGCAGCUGUUUUGUGUUUAGGUUUUUCUACAGUUUUUUGUGCUUCAUUUCUGUAAUAAAGAGUAACAAUGG